GUUUGAUAGCUUCCGUGGUCUUUUCAUGUUUUAGUGCUUGGCCAGGUCCAACUUACGCCCUCAAAUAUUCUGCGUCCAUUUAUGAAGUGAUGAUAAGUGUGUAUAGUGAUGUUCAGAAGCCUCACCAGUGGUCAAGUGGAAAAGGUAACGAUUAUUGUGUCACAAGGCCUUGAAAAGGGGUUGUUCGUCGGUGAGCCACCGUACGGCAAGCCACAAUGACCUGGCCCCCCUUAGAGCUGUAGUGCCCCCACUAUCUCCUGCUCCUUCCAGUGGUGCCAGAGCUUAUUCACCCCACCUGGACACUUUGGGUACGAGGCCAGCAACAUUUCCUCAUCUUGGGCAAAACUUCUCACCAGCCCACAAGCUUUGCUUUGACGUAUCGUGACCAAGCACUGUAUAGCUAUCUGUGACCACAUCGCUCCAGAGCGUGUGACAUCACAAUGUCUUUCCCAAACAUAUGGCAUCAUCGCAAAGUGGCGGAGACAUCUGCUAGAGGGUGUGAUGUUUGCUUCAAGCCAAGCACCAGCGUCUUGGUUACACCUGAAAAGCAGGAUUUCUUCUAUGUAUGCCCUGUACACCUUAAGGAUACAAGGUUUGCGACGCCGAUUGUCGACGAAGCGGCGAUCGCUGCUAAGAAGAAGAAGGAGAUGGACGAAGAGGUUGAGCGCGUGAAGAAGGAAUAUGAGGAGAAACAGCGUAAGAAGAAGGCCAAGGAUGAUGACAAGUCAAAGACAGACGAAAAGGAUAAAGACAAGAAACCCGACGGAGAGAAAAAGGACGAAGCAAAGCCCAAGGAUGAGGUCAAACCUGAAAUCUCAACACCAACGGAAGAAGAACCUCGAGUAUUCGCCCUUUCGAAGUAAGCAUCAAGUGCUGACAUGGAACCUAUGAAGUUGCUGACGACCAUAAAGGAGUUUUUAUCAAGGACGCCUCG